AUGCUUGUGUCGACAGCUGAAACGGUAUUGGUUAGCUUUAUGUUUCAAAUGAAUAUUUCUUCUCCUAAAAUUACAGCUAUAUUUUACCAGCCAACAUAUAGUAAGUCAUAAUUUGUGAAUACGACGGGUCAUUCAAAUAUGAGGAUAUAUUUGGUUGCAUGCUUGGUCGUGCAGUUGCUGAACGUCCAUGGUCUAAAUGUCUUUGACCUGGGCUCUUCAUCAUCUUCAUCAUCACCAUCAUCAUCAUCGGAAGGCCGAAUUAGCUUUAGCCUGUCGGACUUAAAGAGAAGCAGCAGCAGCAGCAGCAGCAGCAGUAUUGAAAGCAGCAGUAGUAGCAGCAGCAGUAGCAGUAGUGGCAGUAGUAGCGAGGGUGUGCAGAGCACCAGUACUGAUCCUCACUGCAGUCUGUGUAGCAGUAUUUUAAGUAGUGACGACAGCAGCAGCAGCAGUAGCAGCAGCAGUAGCAGCAGUAGCAGCAGUAGCAGCGAAGGACGUUUAAAUGACGGCGAUAUUGUUGGCGGCGGGACGGGCGAUAAUGGCGGUGCUGGUGGUGCUGACGGUGGUAACGGCGGCGUAGGUGGCGGCGGCGGACAGGAUUCUGGCCCUGCUCAUGUCGGCGGCGACUGCUCCGGGUGCGGAAGCUGCUUCGAUCCGCAUGCUAUCUGUAAGGAGUUUGGCUGUUACAACAUCUGUAUGUGUGAGCCGGGUUACGCGUUUGUCAAAAACGGAGCCUUUCAAUGCGGACAGUGUCUUCCAGAAGAGUGUUCAUGUGACGAUGGAGAUAGUUGCCCUUGCGACGAUGGUCAGGAGUGUGUCAAUGGAGAAUGCGUUCCCGAGUGCGUCGGAUGUGAAGUGCGCAUGACCGGAGGCGAAUGCGUGGAACUUCUUUACGGGGACAACUGCACGCUGUUCCCUAACGACUGUUGCCGUGACGAUCUCGCAUGCAUAAAUGGCAUAUGCGAAUGUGAGGACGUGGAUCUCCAAAACGACGAGGAUGAAGACAAGUGUUUGGGUGAUGACCUCGGUGAGCCUUGCGACGAUGAUGAUGAUGAACCCGACCUAUGCACAAUCAAAAACAAUCGUACCGAAUGUGUUAGUGGCUUAGAUGGUAUUCCGACGUGUAGCUGCUUUGAACCAUUCAUUGAAGAAAACGGCACCUGUGAGUGCUUAUGCUCCUUGGGAAGUUACUGUGCAUGCGACGACGGCCAGGAGUGCAUAGAUGAAAAUUGCGUUCCCGAAUGCGGCCCAUGCGAAAUGCGCGUUAACGGAGUUUGCAGUCCACAAUGUAACGAUUCGCAAGUGUGCAUUGAAAAUGAGUGUGUUACUCCACUUGCACUCGGUGAUGAAUGUACGGAUGCAGGAGAUGCGAAUGCGUGUAUGAGGGAUGCUGGGAUCAAAUGUAGGAGUGGUGACUGUUGUGGAAACGCAAAUGGGAAUCCAGCUUAUCCAUGCAAUAAGAAGUACUGUGUGUGUGAGACGGAAGCGGGAUACAAGUUAAACACUAACGAAACCGGGUGUGAUAAUAUUGGAGGAAGAGUAGAUCGUGAUCAGUGCCUUGACAUGCCAUACAAUUAAUGAAAUCGGAAGAGCAGCGAAGAAACAAUUACACCAUGUUUCAUAUUCUGUUACAUCUAAAUUCACAUUAAUGUUGUUUCUUUCAUAGUAUAAUGAAGUUUAAAUUAUAAUAAAAUACUUGUAUCCUG